AUGUCGUCGCAGACCAUGACUGCGCCAGCCGUGGGCCAUCGACCGCCUGACCCAGGCCCCGAUAGCCCCCUGUACGACUAUGGCUGCUCACCAGACAGCGACUCCCCUUCCAAUCCUCGAGACGACUCCGCAAUCCGCGCCAUGCAGAAUAAUUCUGCCCCGUCAACUCCUAACGGGAUGCCCGCCCCGGACGUCGCAAUCAAAACCGAAUGCCCGGACAGCCACGAAUUUUCAGCCGCGCAACAUCAACAAGAUGCAAACACGCAAAACGCCGCGAGUGCGCUCCUAGCGCAGCUUCUUGGAAAUCAACCAGCCGCGAACUCGACACCCACCACGAUACAACCUGCACAACAGGAUGAGGACCAGGAUAUUCACAUGGAUAUCAAGAUGGACGACUCAAUCUCCCAGUCAUUCGACAUGGCUGCCCAGAGCUCUGCGCCCGUCGACCCGAGCUUGCACCGAGACACUGCUUCAAUAUCUCGCGAGAUCCAGGACUUGCUGAAUGGGAAAGCUUUAGGUGACGAGCUUAUGGGAACAAAUUCUGUACAACAGGAUAUGGACCAUGCAGGAUUCAAUUCCGAAGCCAUGGGUACCUUGUCCGAUCCCAUGAACCCGAAAUUGAGCACCGACCAGCCCUCGCUCCUUCCACCCUUGGACUUCUCGGCUGCCCCGAAAAAUGCGUUUGAAGCUCUCCACCAAAACGAGCUACUCACAGCCGCCUUUCUUUCGCAAAACGCAGAUCUCUCAGCCUUGGGAUAUCAAGAUGUGGCGGCCUCAAUUGCUGGAUCGGAACCUAAGAUCCAAGCGUUUGCCAAGUUGGAGUUCGAUGAUGGGCAUUUUUACGUCAAUACCUACUCAUUCAUCCUAGGACGAGACGUGCGCGCCGCCCGCGCCGCCCAUCACCGAGAGUUCCAAUACCGGCAGGCCGUGCGAAGCACUCGGGCGAAGAGUUCAAGUGGAGGAAACACAUCCCACACCCCGAACCGUAUGAAGCGGGAGGAAAGCGCUGCCAUCAUGGGCAGUGUUGUUAGUGAUCGGGGAGGUAUUAUGGGCUUUGAUCCAGAUGUACCCCCGCAUCUUCCGAACAACAUGAACAUGAGCCGACGAUCCUCGAAAUCCUCCUUUGACGACGCUGUUGUACCAUUACAUGCAAACCCGGCUCAGCUACAAUCGACAACCGACUACAACGCGCUCGCGAUGCAAUCUUUGCAAGAUGGAAACGGAGAUGCAAAGCCUGUUGAUGCACUGGCUUUGCUCCCAUCCCCUGAUUCUUGCCAUCGAGGGAUUUCUCGGAGACAUGUCCGGAUCUCAUACAAUUUUGAUCGUAACUUGUUUGAGAUGGAAGUAAUGGGACGCAAUGGAGCGUUCAUUGGGGCUGACUGGCUAUCACCAGGACAAGUUCGCCCGUUACACAGCGGCGACUACAUCCAAAUUGGAGGCGUGCGUAUCCGCUUUUUGCUACCAGAUGUCCCCAUUGGCGAAACUGGAGCGGACCGGAUGGAAGAGAAAAUGGCAGAAAAGAACGACGAGGAGGAAGAAAAAGAUGCCCGUGCUUCAAUAGAAAUGGACGACGACGUCGAUGAAUCCGAGAGGCUUGGGAGUGACAGCGGCGAGAGCAGGGAGCCUUCCAAGAAAAUCAUCCUCAAGACAAAGGAUUCCAAAUCAUCUCAAGCAAUGGAUUCUAUCGAGCCUGGAGAUAACGAUUCACAGCCGGCCCGCCGCCGGGGACCAGGACGCCCUCCCAAGGAUGGGAUCAUGUCCAAGCGCGAGCGAGCUGAGCUUGCCCGGGAGCAGAAAAUUGCUGCCAAGCGUGAGGCCAACGGAGGCAUCACACCACCUCCACUCAAAGUGCCUAAGGCCGGGAAGACAGUUGCCAAAGAAUCUGUUGUUCCCGAGUCACCAACAAACAAACCAUCCGAGAAGCGGAAGUACACCAAGAGAAAGAAGCCGGAUGGCACACCAAUGGAUUCUCCCCUUCCUUCAACGGAAGGCGGCCAGAUGUCUGCAGAGCCCCCGCAAGAAUACGUUAAGCCCCCACCGGUCAAGAAGCGCAAACCAUCACGGUCACCAUCUCCCAACUAUCCUCCAGAGUCUGCUUACAACGCCGAGGAUCUGGCAAAGCCGCCGUACAACUACGCCGUUCUCAUCUUUGAUGCUCUGACGGAAGCUGGCACGCCAAUGACGUUGAAACAGAUCUACCGUGCGCUGAAAUUGAAGUAUCCGUACUUCCGCUUCAAGUGUGAGACUGAGGGCUGGACAUCUAGUGUACGACACAACCUGAACGGCAACGGUCACUUGUUUAUGCACGCAGAACGAGAUGGUAAGGGUUGGUCGUGGCAGCUCAUUCCCGGCGCGUCGGUUGAAAAGGAAAAGAAACGUCGUCCUUCGCCGCCCCCGCAGGUUUCCCACCCUCCUCCGCCUGCUCCCCAGCAGUAUAUGCCUCAGAUGUCCCACUCGUAUGCACCACCUCAGGGUCCACCACCGGUGCCAAACCCGCCACAGCAUUUCCAAUUCCCUUCCAUACCGCCUGCUCCUUUCCCGGCGUCUGUUAAUGUGGGAGGACAUCCACCCCAAUCCAGUCCCUAUCCACCUCCAUCGAAGGCCCCUGUUCCUACACCCAGUGCCCCUCCUGCUGCUGCUCCGCCGGUUCAAGCUCCUGCUCCUGCUCCUGCUCCACCCCCGCCCCAGGUUGCGACACCGGCACCGGCGCCCCCGCCGGCGCCCACACCUGCCCCUGUCUCUGCUCCUACCCCGUCGCCAGCGCCGGCACCUACUCCGGCUCCUAUGCGUGCGCCUGCACCUGCACCCGCUCCCGCUCCCGCACCUAUGCAGGCACCCGCGCCAGUACCGUCGGCACCGGUGUCGGCACCGACACCGGCAGCAGCGCCAGCGCCAACACCAGUCCCACCUAUCAAUCCAGCUGCAUCCUUCCCCAUCCCCAGUCAACUCCGCAACAACCUCCCAGCUGCAUUUGCGGCAACCAUCCCUUCAACAUAUACUUCACCCUACGCAUCCGCCCCUGCUCCGCAAGGUGGCCAGCAGCAACAGUUGCAGACCCCACGACCUCCUCACGGACCACCUCAGCACCAUUCCCCUUACCCACAACAAAAGCCGCCAUCCUCUCAACCUCCUCACAACAACCCGCAGCCUCGGGCCUACCCUCCAUCUGGCCUCCCGGCUCAUUCUCACCAUCAACAACAGCAACACCCUGUUCAGCAAAACUCUGCACCAGGGCCACCAGAGUCAUCCUCGUUCAUUGACCGAGCCAACAAGGCUAUCGAUGACUUUGAAGCUGUUCUCAUGGAAGACUACGAGGACAAGAAUUACAUCCGGGAAGUUCUCCGGAGUGCGCGUGCACGCGUGUUGGGCGAUGCGUCAGAAAGCUCCUUCCCAGGCGGCGAGCCAAAGGACGAAGCCGUCAUCAUGGACGUACUACGUAAUUUGGUUGGAAGCCUGAAAGACGAGUGA